GUGAUUUACAUACAGUUGCUCAAUCUCAGAUCGCCACAGGCUCUGUUAAUUUUCUCCUCCUCCGAAAGAGAGAGAAAGAAACGAAUCAGAUUCAAAUCGAAGAGAUCGAGAGAGAAAAUGUCCGGUGUUGCGGCUAUUCAUGCGAGUUCAUGGGGCGCGGCUCUGGUGAGAAUCUCUCCGUACACUUUCUCCGCCAUCGGAAUCGCCAUCUCCAUCGGCGUCUCCGUUCUUGGUGCCGCCUGGGGAAUUUACAUUACCGGAAGUAGUUUGAUCGGUGCCGCCAUUGAAGCUCCUCGUAUCACUUCCAAGAAUCUCAUCAGUGUAAUCUUCUGUGAAGCGGUGGCUAUAUACGGUGUUAUUGUUGCAAUCAUAUUACAAACGAAGUUAGAGAGUGUACCAUCAUCGAAGAUGUAUGAUGCUGAGUCUCUAAGAGCUGGAUAUGCAAUCUUUGCUUCUGGAAUCAUAGUUGGAUUUGCAAACCUUGUCUGCGGAUUAUGUGUAGGAAUCAUUGGAAGCAGUUGCGCGUUGUCUGAUGCUCAGAACUCGACGCUCUUUGUCAAGAUUCUUGUGAUUGAGAUCUUUGGGAGUGCUCUCGGGUUAUUUGGAGUUAUCGUUGGGAUCAUUAUGUCGGCUCAAGCUACAUGGCCUACAAAAUAGAGAUAUAUAAACUGGACUUAUGGUACUUAUACUCUAUACCUUUUGUGAUCUAUUUUUCAAAAUCCCGGAAGAAUUACACUUCUUUGUUUAUCUUCUUUGCUGCUAUAUCUCGUGUAGAAGACAAAACCAUGUGCUGCUAUACUCUAUACCUUUCUGUGAAUCCCUAUUUUUUGGUAAUGUUCAAACUUGGGAAUAAGUCACUUGGAGAAACCUCUUCAUGUUUGUAUUCUUUGGUUCUUUUGUGACAAAUGAUAAGAGUGUGUAUAUUGUUACUGAGCAUUGAAUGAACUUAAACUCUUCAG